AUGUACAUUCCUAAAAAUCAUCGUUUUGAAGUAUUUUUAAAACGUAAAAGUAGUAGUAGUAGUAAUAGUGAUACAGCAAGGAAUCAUACAACAGUAGGAGGCAUUUACAAUAAUAAUGAUACGAGUUGGUCUCAUGUUUGCACUGAUUUUAUCAUGAAUUUAGUUCGUAGUAAUAGAAAAGAGGGACAUCAUAAUAAAAGAAACCAUGCUACUAUGAAAGGAAGAAGCCUACAACAACAACAACAACAACAGCAGCAGCAGCAGCAACAACAACAGCAACAACAACAACAACAACAAACAAACAAUCAUCUUGAUCAAUUAUCAGAAUUUCAAAAAAGUUAUGUUUCCUUUCCAGAAUUUAGUGAAUCUUCUUCUAUUAGUAGUAGUAGUAGUAGUCAUAUUACAUCUUUUGAUAUUUAA